AUGUCUACGAAAGAGAAACUUAGUCUGAAAACCAGAUCAGUGUGUUCACGAUCAUCAAGACGGUCAAGCAAGUCUGCAGCAAGUAUAGCCGCAUUGGAGGCUCGUGCUAAGGCAGAAGCAGCACUGACUAGAGCCACAUAUGCGCAAAAGGAGAUAGAAGUGAGAGUGAAACAAGCUGAAGUACAAGCCCAGCUUAAAGUGGAGGAGACGCGUUGGGAGGCUACACUUAAUGCUCUCCAGCAUGAAAGAGAAGCAGAAGCUGCUGCAGCUGAGGCGUCAGUGUUUGAGGCAGCUGCAGAGAUAGGAUUAGAACAGUUCUCUGAAAGCAAAGAACAUCAUAGUUCACAUGAUUCAUUGCAAAGAACUGAGAAAUAUGUAGAAGAUCAGCAUAAAUUUAAAGAGGUACAGAUACCGAUGGCUGCAGAAAACACAGAAAGCAAGCCUCUCUUUCCAUACUGUGCUGAACUGCCAAAGCCUGAACCUUUCGUGCAGUGUAGUCCUUUUCAGGAAUUGCCAGAGAAACAACCUCCAGCUCGUGACCAUGCACAUUCCGCAACAUCCCUCAGCUCCCACACCAUGAAGACUCAUUCUGAAUCCAUUAAACAUGCAGGGGGGAACACAUCACAGUUAAAUUCUGCAUUACAUGAUGCGUCAUCUCCUAGAUGCAACAUUAAAUUGGGAAGCUGCUCACCCUCUCAUCACAAUGAGUCCCAUACUGCUCCCUCGGAUGUGUUUGAGCUUGCAAAGUUUCUGGCUCGCCGUGAUCUUCUGACAGGUGGACUUUCAAGAUUCAAUGAUAAGCCCGAGAACUAUUGGGCCUGGAAGUCCAGCUUUUGUAAUGCUAUUGAGGGUCUUGGUCUUAAACCUAGCGAAGAACUAGACUUACUUAUUCAAUGGCUCGGCUCAGACUCUAGUGAACAAGCAAGACGCAUCCGAUCAGUACACAUCAAUCAUCCAGACAUUGGCCUCAGAAUGGUAUGGACACAGCUUGAGGAAUGCUAUGGCUCUGCCGAAGCCAUAGAGGCAGCUCUUUUUAACAAACUUGAACGUUUCCCAAAGCUGUCUAACAAAGACCCUCAACGUCUCAGAGAGCUAGGUGACCUUCUGCUUGAGUUGCAGGCAGCCAAAAGUGAAGGCUAUCUACCUGGCAUGACCUUCCUAGAUACUGCACGAGACAUCAGCUCAAUUCUUGAGAAACUCCCAUAUAGUCUACAAGAGAAAUGGAUGUUGCAGGGAACUCGUUACAAACAAGAGUAUAGAGUAAGCUUUCCGCCCUUUUCAAUUUUUUGUGAUUUCAUUUGUUGUGAGGCCCGCAUGAGAAAUGAUCACAGCUUUAACGUGACUAUGCAUAAUGCUACAUCAUUUAAAGGAGAGAGAUUUUCAUCAAAGGCAAUCAGAUCUCCCGUCACCGUUCACAAAACAGAAAUAAACAAAGUCACACAAGGGGAUGAAUCUAACAUGGCAAAGGACAACCUCAAUAAACAAUGUCCUAUCCAUAAAAAGCCACAUCCCCUCAGAAAGUGUAGAGGAUUCAGGGAAAAAACCUUGCAGGAACGAAAGGCUUACCUCAAAGAGAACUCUAUAUGCUUUAGAUGCUGCUCCUCAACUUUACACCAGGCAAAGGACUGUAAGUCAGAAAUCCAGUGCUCUGAAUGCAACAGCGACAAGCAUAUAGCCGCACUGCACAACGGCCCAGCUCCUUGGUCAAAAAAGGAGGAUACCAAUCCCUCUACAAAUAACGGCGGGGAGCAAGACGAGCCUCUUUUCCCAGUUGCCACAUCCACCUGCACAGAAGUGUGUGGAGAUCACAGCAGCGGAAAAUCCUGCUCAAAGAUAUGCCUUGUAAAUGUGUAUCCAAAAGGUGAACCUCAGAACAAACAAAAGGUUUAUGCAAUCAUAGAUGAUCAGAGUAAUAAAUCUCUAGCAAGAUCUGCCUUCUUUGAAAUGUUUAAUGUUGCAGACAAUACAGCACCUUACACACUUAGGACCUGUGCAGGCAUCACAGAGGCUGAAGGGCGUAGAGCUGAAGGAUUUAUGGUAGAGUCUAGUGAUGAAAAGACACACCUCGCUCUUCCACCACUUAUUGAAUGCAACCUUAUUCCAAACAACAGAGCAGAGAUUCCUACCCCAGAGUCUGCAAAAUACCACAAACACUUAAAAUCAGUGGCCUCCAAGAUUCCAUGUUUAGAUCCCAAGGCCAAAAUACUGCUUCUUCUCGGAAGAGACCUCAUACAGGCACACAAGGUGCUGGAGCAAUGCAACGGACCACAACAUGCCCCCUUCGCUCAGAGGCUGGCCCUUGGUUGGGUGAUAAUUGGAGAUGUAUGCCUUAACGGAGCACACAAGCCUUCAUCUGUUGAUGUUUUGAAAACUCAUAUUUUAGGAAAUGGGCGCCCCAGCUACAUGAGUCCAUGUCCAAACAGUAUGCAUGUGAAGGACUUUUUCAAUAUUCACAAUGAGCCACAGAAAUCCUCCACCCUGAACCCUGAACAGAGAAGUUUGCUGAUGCAUAAUGAAUGUCCAAUAGGAGAAUCAGUUUUCCGCUGCACAAAGAAUGAUGAUAAACCAGCUCCCUCCAUGGAUGACCUUGCGUUCCUGAAGAUUAUGGAAAGAGAACUCCAUCAAGAUGAGACGAAUAGCUGGGUUGCCCCACUUCCGUUCCGCAGCCCACGGCAACGCCUUCCAAAUAACAAGGUUCAAGCCAACAACCGGCUCAUGUUACUGACCCGCAAACUAAAAAAACAACCCGUGGUAAAGGAACACUUUGUGGAUUUUAUGCAUAAGAUAUUUGAGAAUGAGCAUGCAGAGUUGGCACCACAAUUGCAGAAUAAUGAAGAAUGUUGGUAUCUGCCAAUGUUCGGAGUAUACCAUCCAAAGAAGCCCGGCCAGAUAAGAGUAGUAUUCGACUCCAGUGCUCAACAUCAAGGUGUAUCAUUAAAUGAUGUCCUCCUCACUGGCCCUAAUGUAAACAAUAGCCUCUUGGGGGUUCUACUGCGGUUUAGGAAGGAGCGUGUGGCAGUGAUGGCUGAUAUCCAGCAAAUGUUUCAUUCCUUUGUGGUUGCGAAAGAGCAUCGAAACUUUCUACGCUUCCUUUGGUAUGACAACAAUGACUUAGACAACAAGGUGAUGGAGUAUCAGAUGCGAGUGCAUGUAUUUGGUAAUAGCCCAUCUCCUGCAGUUGCAAUACAUGGGCUCAGGAUGGCAGCCCUCGCAGGUGAAAAAGACUAUGGAUCCGAGGCAAGGCACUUUGUGGAAAGGAAUUUUUAUGUGGAUGAUGGCCUUAUCUCUCUCUCCACGGAAGAGGAAGCCAUCAAGCUGCUUAAGACCACCCAGGAAAUGUUAGCUGUGUCCAAUCUACAUCUUCACAAGAUUGCCUCCAAUAAAGUGGAAGUUAUGAAAGCAUUUCCUGCAGAAGAUCUUGCAAAGGAGUUAAGGAAUUUAGAUCUGAAGACUGGCCUUCCACCAGUUCAGAGAAGUUUGGGGGUGAGCUGGGACAUGUCUGAAGAUGUGUUUAUCUUCCAAGUUGCAGACCAGGUGAGACCUUAUUCCAGACGUGGGGUUCUGUCAAUGAUCAACAGCUUGUUUGACCCACUUGGCUUUGCUGCACCUGUCGUAAUUCAGGGUAGACUCCUGCUCAGAGCACUAACUACAGAGUCUUGUGAUUGGGACGCACCUCUGCCAGAUGAGAAAUUUAAAGAAUGGAAGGUUUGGAGAGAUUCAUUAAAAGAGCUUGAGCACGUUAAGAUUCCCCGCACAUAUGCUACAAUCUCUCUCUGUCAAGCACAAAGAAAAGAGAUGUGUGUCUUUUGUGAUGCGUCCACAAAUGCUAUUGCAGCUGUCGCUUACAGCAGGGUUAUCAAUACAAGUGGUAAUGUAGAAGUUGGUUUUAUGUUUGGCAAGGCUAAACUAGCUCCACGACCUGAGAUCUCUGUCCCCAGACUCGAGCUGUGCGCUGCUGUUCUGGCUGUGGAAAUAGCUGAAACCAUUGAAGAUGAGAUGGACACCAAACUGGAUGCUGUGACAUUUUAUUCUGACAGUAAGGUUGUCUUAGGCUACAUCUGUAAUGAAUCUAGGAAAUUUUAUGUGUAUGUUAACAACAGGGUGCAAAGGAUACGGAAAUCUACAUGCCCUGAGCAGUGGAAAUAUGUACCUACAGAUCAAAACCCUGCCGACCAAGCCACAAGGUCAGUUUCGGCAGCUGACCUUCCCCAGAGUAUGUGGUUGACUGGUCCAAAAUUCUUGUUUAUGAUGACACCGCCUGAAACGGACACUAGCCUCUUCAGCCUGAUAGAUCCAGAAGUAGACAUUGAAGUACGUCCCCAAGUCACUUCUUGUACUACACAUACUUCAAGUAAGGAGUUGGACACUGAACGCUUUAAAAGAUUCUCAAGCUGGCGAUCACUAACUCGCACUGUAGCAAGACUCGUGCACAUAACCGAAUCCUUCAAGCAGGAUAGCGACAAGAGCACUUGCAGGGGCUGGCAUAUAUGUGCAAGGCCCUGUUCAGUCCAAAAUCUAGAAAGGGCAAAGUCCAUUCUCAUCCAAAGUGUACAAGCAGAAGCCUUCUCUGAGGAGCUGAAAUGCCUUCAAGCAAGCACUGUGAUUUCCAAACAAAGCCCUCUCUUUAAUCUAUCUCCCUACAUUGAUAAAUCUGGCUUACUCAGGGUUGGUGGACGCCUUUCACAAGCAAACCUUGGGAGAGACGAACUGUGUCCUCUUAUUCUUCCUGGUCAUUGUCACAUGACAUCUCUAAUCAUUCAACAUUAUCACAAACAAGUUGAACAUCAAGGACGCGUCUUUACUGAGGGCGCAUUGAGAGAGGCUGGGUUUUGGAUCAUAGGUGGUAAGAGACGCAUCAGCAGCAUGAUCUUUCAAUGUUUUCAGUGUCGCAAACUACGGGGAAAGAUUUCGACACAGAAGAUGUCUGACCUACCUCCUGAGCGGCUCAGUAUGGACCCUCCAUUCUCCUUUGUAGGGUUAGAUGUUUUCGGGCCUUGGAUGGUCACUUCACGUCGAACCAGAGGAGGACAAGCAAACUCAAAACGCUGGGCAGUGCUGUUCACAUGUAUGAGCACUAGGGCCAUACAUAUUGAGGUCAUAGAGUCAAUGGAUAGCUCCAGUUUUAUAAAUGCUCUCCGCAGAUUUUCUGCGGUUCGAGGUCCAGCAAAGCAGUUGCGGUCAGACUGUGGCACCAACUUUGUUGGAGCAUGCAAGGAGUUGAAGAUGGAGUCAGUCACAGAUGACAGAAAGGUACAAGAGUAUCUGAGUGAUAAUGGAUGUACUUGGGUUUUUAACCCUCCCCACUCAUCUCACAUGGGUGGAAGUUGGGAACGUAUGAUUGGAGUUUCAAGGCGGAUCCUUGAAUCUAUGCUACAAAAACUUGGACCUUCAAGGCUAUCUCAUGAGGUUUUGACCACCUUCAUGGCUGAAGUCACAGCCAUAGUCAAUGCUCGUCCCCUAGUACCUGUGUCUACGGAUCCUGAUGCUCCUUUCAUUCUGACUCCAGCAACUUUACUCACUCAAAAAACUUCUGUAGUUCCUCCUCCAUCAGGAGAAUUUGGUGAAAAGGACCUCUUCAUUCGUCAGUGGAGGCAAGUCCAAAGCUUGGCCAAUACAUUCUGGAAUCGCUGGAGAAAGGAAUAUCUCGCAACUUUGCAAAACCGCAGAAAAUGGCAGAAUGAGAGCUCCAAUCUUCAAGUAGGUGAUGUUGUGCUACUGAAAAACAUCCAAGCAAAAAGGAAUGACUGGCCAAUGGGAAUCGUGUUGGAGACAUUUCCUGGGAAAGAUGGGAAAGUAAGGAAAGUUGAGGUCAAAGUGGUCAAAGACGGAUCGUCUAAGGUGUUCCUACGUCCUAUAUCGGAUGUUGUUUUACUGCUGUCUCCUGGGACUGAAUAGACAAAUGUUAUUCUGCUUGAUGAUGGCAUCUUACAGAUACCAGACGGGGAGUGUACUGUUUCCAGUGAAGUUUAGUCUAGUUAAAUGUUUGAGCCACUAGGUGGUGCUAUUCUAUAUAUUUAAAGUAACCUCUGACCUUAAUAGGAGCCAUUUUUGUUUUGCUCAGUUAAUGCUGAUAGUCACACGGUUAAAGCAGCUAUUUUCAAUCCAUUGCAUCAUCUUGCAAUCAUUUAAAGAAGCUUUGUCUGUAAGUAUUAAAAGUGUUUACAAGAUCUUUAUCAUCAUUUUAUAUUUGGUAUUGGUGAUGUUAUUCAGUAUAAAAUUCAUGUUUAGAGGGAUUUCAGUACAGUGUUGCAUCCGUCUGCAUUAUGUUUGUGUAAAGUAUAUGUAGUUAUCCCUUAAGUGAAUGGUCAUAUUGCUUUAAUCCACAUUCUUUAGAAACUUAUUUUAUUAUUUUUUCUGUAUUUCAGUUUUACUCUGUUCCACUUAUAUUUGAAGUGGUGGUCAUAAUAAAUCCAUGCUUCGAUUCAACAUAUCUGUGGAAGGAGUUGUCUAUCUGUCUAGUUAAGAAGGGGAA